CUUUUCUAUAACAGUUUUUUUAUAUAAUAACAUUCGAUUUGAAAAUCUCCUGUGGGAUAAUAAGAGAAAGUAAUUAGGAUUUAAUCGAGAUUAAUUAGGCUUCUGAUUAAACUGUAUUUUCAAAUGUGAUGGUUGGUGGGUCCCACGUCUUGUAUAUGAAAAGAAGCGUCUGGAGAAUUGUUUUCGUAGCGACCAAGCUGCUAUAUAUAAAUAUUCAACUGAUUAAGGAAUUUGCGAAAGACUCUGAAGAAAGAUCAGAAGGAAAGAAUCAUAUCGAAGCAAUGGCGAAUUUUGGGGAAGGAAGAAGAAGAGGAACAGGAGGCAUGCUCCCACUGCUGGCGAUUAGCACAGUCGCAGAAUACUAUAGACUACCGUGGAAACCGCCGGUCACAGCAGGUUUAUUAGCCGCGAACACUCUCGUCUAUCUCAGACCCGCGUUUCUGGAUCCCCUUAUCCCUCACAUAAGCGAGGUCUGGUUCAAUCCAAACCUCAUCCUCAAGCACAAGGAUUUGAAACGCUUUUUUCUAUCAGCGUUCUACCAUCUCAACGAGCCUCACUUAGUAUACAACAUGAUGUCUCUUCUCUGGAAAGGUAUCAAGCUCGAGACGUCCAUGGGAAGCACACAGUUUGCUUCUAUGGUCGUUACUCUUCUCGGUAUGUCACAGGGAGUCACAUUGCUCUUAGCCAAGUCCCUCCACGUGUUCUUUGAUUACAGGAGAGCGUAUUACCACGAGUACUCUGUGGGAUUCUCCGGUGUUUUAUUUGCUUUGAAAGUUGUUCUUAAUUCUCAGGCUGAGGAUUACACCAGCGUGUAUGGGGUUCUUGUCCCGACGAAGUAUGCUGCUUGGGCUGAGCUGGUUUUGGUGCAGAUGUUUGUGCCGAGAGCUUCGUUUCUUGGACAUUUAGGUGGGAUUCUUGCGGGGAUUCUUUAUAUGAAGAUGAAGAGUUCUUACUCGGGGUCUGAUCCUGUGGCUAUGGUGGUUAGAGGUGUUGCUAGAGCGGUGACGUGGCCAUUGAGGUUUUUGAGCAGUAUGGUUGGGUCUCGAAGGAGGAGGAUUACGGGGAGAGGAAGAGUUGGGAGAGGUCAGAAUGGGAUUGCAGGACCUGGUAUCUGGAGAUGCCAGUCGUGUACGUUUGACAAUUCUGGUUGGGAAAGUGUUUGUGAGAUGUGUGGCUCGGGACGGAGUGGAGGAAACAGAUGGUCAGUGAAUCAGGGACAGGCGCAUUCUCCGACUUCUUCUGGUGAUCUUCCUUUAGAUGAGCUGCGGCGUAGAAGACUAGAGAGGUUUAGUUAACAACCUAUGGAGCAUUCUCAGAGGGGAGUUGUGAAUGAAGUUUAAGCUGAGUCACUCAUUGCAUUAGCUUAGGACAGAGAGCUUAGUGAUUUGUCUUCUCUUCUGUUGUUGAAGAUUUGGUUCUCUAUGUAUGGGUCCUUAUUGCAAAUGAGUGUUCUUGUGUUUGGGUAUAAUUCGAGGGACAACACGGAAUCUUUGUGAUGAUAUUAAGUGCUUAUAGGGAAAAAAACAAUGUUUUUAUAGUGGAGUUACAAAUAAUGUUUACCAUAAUGAAUAUGUGGCUAGUUUUUCAGCUUUUGAAUUUUUGGGUCACUCAAACCAGACUCCGAUCUCUGAGGAGUUUGGCUACAACACAGCUAGUCCCACUGUCUGCAGAAGUUAU